CUUGCACAAGCAUGUCACCACACGCUCCAGCAGGGUGCAUGUGGCAUAAUGCUCCCUUGUGUGAAUUUGGUUUCUGGCUCUUGAUCAAUGACUUUACAUUAUCCCCGAGGCGAGGGUCUCUCUCUGUGUGGGGAUGCUACUCGGAUGGUGUGCAUAGCUGCAGAUUGCCUCAGCAGCUGCAAGACUAAUACCAGUAGCGCACCCAACAAGCCGUCACGCAGCGUCCCACAAACCUGGAGACCGGUGUAUCAACGAGACAGCGUGGCAUGCAGGUCGUUUCAUUCUUCCACGAAGCGAAUGUCACCCUCUGAGCCACUUAUAGAAGCAGAUGAGCAUACAAGUGGCUCGUCACAAAGAAUCCCCUAAUACAGAGUGUAUUCCGUGGGGGCUCUCUCUCUCCUUGUUGGACAGUGAGCACCGCUUCCCAGUUAUGGGGAACAGAAGGACGGCGUCGUUACAUCAUAGAGGCGAAUGCAGGAUUCGGGGGGCUGGUUUUUUACAACGCCGACGUGGAGGCUCUCCGGUGUCUCAAAGCUGCUGGAACUCAAAGUCGGUGAGCCUCCAGCGUUUCCCAAAAGCCGGGAGUCAGAUCUACUUGCACAAGGCACGAGUAAGCUUGGGUGAAGCAACUACCACUAGCACUUGCAGCCUAGUGCGAGCCAGAGCUGCCAUCCGAUCGGUUUUGCACUGGCCCGGCAAGCAACCCGAUUCUCGUCGCCCGUUGGUGGGACCGGAACAAGCAGCUUGCGUCGAGGUGGACAGCGCGCCCUGCAUCACACCCUGGGCCUGGCACCGAGUACGUGGAUGAGCCAAUAGGCCGUGGCAGCUUAGUAGUGAUACCACCACACCACCGCUGUUGCUCUUGAGACAGCGCUAUUAGCCUAAGUUGCGACAGAAUGCAAUGUGAGUGGUUCUGUUUUCGGGUGGACAUCGUACGAUGAUUGCCACGGGGAAGUAUCGUUGGGCUGCCGAAGAAAUGACGUCCCAUCCCUGCUUCCCUACAACGCAUCUGCUCCAUACUGUGCUACUGCGGCCGCCUCCUGUCUCCAAGCUGUCUGAACAAAUGGCUCAAUGCACCAAGGACAAGUCCCUGCUCCACAGGGAAAGGGAGCAUUCCGUCACCGGGUUUCGCUUGUGCUAAUCAGCUUCAACUGCCAAGCUGGUCUUCAACUUUACGAUUAGUGGAAAAUCGCCAAGCCCGAAGUGACAUUCCAA